UGGAAAUCAUUUCUGAACGAUCCUCUAGAGCCCAAGCUACACAUGGAUGGUAUCAUGAUCACUUGCUUUUCACUCCUCGUGCUUGCUUUAGCUGGGUUUGGCUGCAAGCUACAACAUGGUGGAGUACGCAUGUCUCUCUAUCAUUGUAACCUUCUACGCGAAGGUUGCGAUGAAAACUCAUCUGGCGGAAGCAGCCAUGCUCGUUUGUGUACAAGAAGGUCUCGCUUCCUUCGCAGCUAUAGUUCUUGCUCGCUUCACCGGUGAAAGAUCUGGUCGUCGUUUUUAUACCAUUGUCUUCUCCACAGGUUCAUACAUUACAGGAGUAGUAAUUUUAUGGUCCUAUUCCAGACAGAAACCCGAACAUCAAGAGAAGAACGUGCCUCUUUUCUUAGUGGUAUCCUGUCUUUUCGCAGUAGGAAAGGGAGGAGCUGAUCUAGUUCUCAAGUCAUUUCUUGAGCAUGAUUUAAGUAAAAGCUACGCUGAAAGAACUAGCCUGAACAGAGAGGAGACAACAAGAGCUAAAAUAUACAAAAACAUAUGGCUUCAGAGCGCUUGGAUUGUCGGAGCCAACGUAGCUAUCUUUGGCUUUUUGGGACUUAAGUGGCCUCAAGUUUUGGAAGUGUCACUUAUAGUCACCAUCUCAUCCGGUCUCCUGUUCCUUUUCGGCUCCAGCGGUACUGGACCUAUGGGUCAUUCUGUUCACAAAGAUGCUGCCACAGUCCCAAAACGAGUGAGACACGUGAAGUGGCUUUUGAUGUUUAGCUGCAUCGCAUACAGCUUAGUCUUGGCUACUGGUAACAUUUUCUUUCAAGAACAAGGUACUAAAAUGGAGCCUCUGAUGAUAAAGGGGAAGGAGGUUCGAUUUUCUUUCAUGAUUGUAAUAAAGAGUGCUGUGAAUGAAAUCACCAUACUGAUAUUUUGGUUAUGUGGGGCUAAUGAAAACAAAGGAAUGACGCUAGUGAGAAUUGGUGGGGGAAUGGUAUGUGCCGUGAUAUGCUGUGUUAUAGCAUGGAAAGUCGAGAUUGAGAGGAAGAAAGUGGUGAAUGAUAAGGAUCCCAACAAGACUAGCGUGGCAUGGUUGAGUCCUCAAUAUGUUCUCUUAGGACUCGUGGAAGGGCUGGCCCAGAGUGGGUUAGAGGAAUUGGUUGGAAGUGAUGAUGAUGAUGAGAAUCAGAGAUUGAGGAAUCCUGGAAAGCUUUCGAAAGACAUUGUUUCAUGCUUUGGGAAGUUCUUGGGCAUUCCUUGUAUUGUGAUUGUGAGAAGCUGGUUCCACAACUUUGACAAAGACCAAAGCCAUUUGGACAGGUACUAUUUAAUGUUGGCGGUAUUGUCUUGUGCGUUCCUCUUCAUUUAAGUUAACGCUGCUUUCUUGUAUGUCAAAGUUGUGUCGGAUGAUGCAGAAAAUGAAGGUAGUAAUGGCAUUGCUAGGGAUCUUGUUGAGUCGACAUGAUUUAAGGAAACUUGGGCAUCUGUACAUACGUACGUGUAUCUCUUUACAGAGAAUGUUGAGUAGUUUGGGUAGUUUAACUAAGAUUUUGUGUGUGUGUGUUUAUAUAUAUAUAUAUAUAUGUAUGUAUGUAUGUAUAUACUUUGUCAAUAUUUGCA